CCUCCUCACGUCACAUCCGGCUGGAGCUGGUACUUGUUUGCUACUUUGCUGCUGUUACCGUCUGAAGCUUAGGGUCGCAAGAUGGUUAAUAUUCGCAAUACCGAGGAGGGGGAGGAGGAAGGAAAUGUCGAGGGUUACAGGUUGAUUGAGGAAUGCCAGUCCCCUGCUCCCAGCUCACCAUCAAAGAAGAUCUCCCCUGCCAAACGCAAGCAGUACUACAUCAACAGGGCCAUCCGCAACUCAGAUCUAACUCCACGAGCCAAGGGACGCAAAAGCCUCCGUCGUCUAGAGAACACUCGUUACCUGAUGACUCUGCUUGAGAGGGAGGAGUGUGUCACUGAAGAAGGAGAGGCUUGUCCUUGCGCAACUCCCAGCAUAUUCACUGAGGCUUGUAACAAUGAAACCUAUGUGGAGAUAUGGAACGAUUUUAUGAAUCGCUCUGGGGAGGAGCAAGAGAAGGUCCUUCUGUAUCUGGAGCAGGAAAUGAGGAGCCCAAGAGAGAGGGCUAACAAUCGACGAGACAAGAGGACAGAGCAUCCUGCAUACACCCCUGAAGAGUGUUAUCAGCGAAUAAACCGCAGUUUGCGAGGUAUCCUCAGAAGACGGCAUAUACCAAUGGGGACUCUGGAAUGCUUGGAAGAAGAGAUUCUGUCUUUCUUCUCUGUCAGUCCUGAGUCUGUGUAUACCUCCAUGAUGGAAAACAGCUAUCAGCGCCUUCUGCUGCAUGCAGUUUGUCAAUACAUGGACCUGGUCUCUGCUAGUUUAGAUUUAAAGGGCAAACGCCAGAUGCGUGUCAUGAAUAAGCACAGCGAGUUCUGCCGCCCAGAGCUGCUUCUCUCUUCCUACCUCCAGCUGAGAUGCUGACCCUCCCAAAAGCCACGUUUUGAGGGCUCUAUUUAUAUAUAAGAAUUUUUAGCAGCCUCAAUGGCUUAAUGUCAUUCUUAGCAUCACUAUGUGGAUUAUGUAUCUGCUCUGCAAUCAUAUUUUCUGUCCAUAGAACACUAGACGGGGGUGACUUUGCCAUAGAAUAAUUUCUGUGACAUGCCGCUGGUAAAAUCAAUGAGAGAUUGCAUAGCUGUACGGUAAUGAUGUGUGGGUGUUUUGGGACAGAAAAUAGACUGCAUUAAAAAUGCACAAAAGAUGUGUUUAUAUUAUUGUACAUAUUUUAAUGUUUAUGGUAUGUAAGCAGGUAAACAAAGAAAAAACCUGAACUUUAUUUUACUUUUCACUUUAGAAUAUACAUUAUUAACUAAAGUUUGUCACCUAAUGUUGCAAAGUUAUACUCUGCAAUGCUUUAUGAAAUUUGCUAAUUUUACACUAUUGGCUUUUCAGAAUCUCAUCACCUCUUAAAAUAUCUAGUGGUUUUAAGAAUCCAACAAACAUAGCACUUAAUAUGACUGGCAAAAUGUGCCAGUGUAUGUGGGUUUUAUGGUCUGUAUACGUCUUACUCUCUAUUUACCACAAGUUGGUAUUUUGGUCCACCCCCAAUUGAAAUGAGUCACAUUUAUUCACAUAGUAUUUAAUGAAUCAUUUAUUUAAUUAGCCCCUUUAUCUAUCUAGCUCAGUAUUCUUGGUUUGCAUGCUUACAGUAAUCACAUCCAUCAUCUUAGCUUUAUCUCUGUCAAUAAAGACGUUUUACUGUUCAUUUGCAUUCGCUUAAACCUUUAUACGAAGAGUGGCUUUAUGGGAUUGUGAUUAUAUUUUUAAUAUGUAAUAAACAGUCUGAUGUUUCUUGUAUCCAAGUGCUAAGUUUAUCAGUGAUGGUUGGUUUGUACACACGUUUGUGUAAUUGUGUACUAUGGCUGAGCUCUCUUUAAGCAUAUUAAAUAUGUUUUUGCAUGGGAAAAGGGUUGUUAAUGAUGUUUUGAUUAUGAAUAAACUUCACAUCUGCAGGAAAUUGUGUAAUAUAGGUUCACUGGCUGAUGAGGACAACUCACACAGUUCUGACUUGACACACCUUAAAGUGUUGUUCUGUUUUGUUUUUUUCCUAAGGAACAUCUGUAUUUCAAAUAAAUACAAUCUAAUCCAUA